AUGGAACAAACAAGAUCUAGUGGCGUCAAAAUUUUUGCUGCACUAGUGUCGUCUCGCCAAGUGACGGCAUUCAAGUGCGUGGCUGACAUGGAGGGCGGUUACGACAAAUUUGGUGACGGGAUUAAUCAUGUCAAGUCUUCCUACGGCAUUGACUGCCUUACUUUGAUGGGUGCUUUUGCCCCUUUCAAACAGAAGCAACGAGAUUUUCUGGCAUGGCUUCAGAGUGUAACAACUUGUGCACCUGUUUUAGCUUUGGCUUUUGCAAUUGUAAUGGCUUCAUCAUCAUCCUCAACAUGCAGUUCUUCAUCUCGGAUGACAUGGAAGUAUGACGUGUUUGUGAGCUUCAGAGGUGAGGAUACACGUUACAACUUCACUGAUCACCUUUUUGGUGCUCUCCAAAGAAACAACAUUGUUGCCUUCAGGGAUGAUACAAAGCUCCAGAAAGGCGAAUCCAUAGCACCUGAGCUCCUACAAGCUAUUGAAGGCUCUCGAAUUUUUGUUGCUGUCUUCUCAAAAAACUACGCUUCCUCAACAUGGUGCUUGCGAGAACUCGCAAAGAUCCUCGAUUGCGUUCAAGUAUCUGGAAAACUUGUUCUGCCUAUUUUCUAUGAUGUUGAUCCAUCUAAGGUGCGAAAACAAAGUGGGGGAUUCGAGAAAGCCUUUGCGGAACACGAAGAAAGAUUCAAAGAAGAUUUAGAGAAGAUGGAGGAAGUGCAAAGAUGGAGAGAAGUGUUGGAACAAGUGGCCAAUCUCUUUGGUUGGGAUAUACAGAAUAAGUAA